AGGGUGUCACCCUGGAGAUAAGCAUUCUGAUAAUAAUGUAGGCCAAGUCUGCACACUUAGUAAAAUCACCUUAGUCAUUCCUCCCGGGGAGUAGUAAAACCAUGGAACCUGAAAGCUCAGUACAAGACCCUGAAGAGAAUAAGUAUACUUCUGUCUGUGUUGGCAGAGAAGAUGACAUUAAAAAAUCUGAAAGAAUGACAGCUGUCGUCCAUGAUAGAGAAGUAGUCAUUUUCUACCACAAGGGAGAAUAUCAUGCCAUGGAUAUUCGCUGCUACCAUUCAGGAGGACCAUUGCAUUUGGGAGAAAUUGAGGAUUUCGAUGGACGGCCAUGUAUCGUUUGCCCCUGGCAUAAAUACAAAAUUACUUUGGCAACAGGAGAAGGAUUAUACCAGUCUAUAAACCCCAAAGACCCAUCAGCAAAGCCCAAAUGGUGCUCCAAAGGAAUAAAGCAGAGGAUCCAUGCAGUGAGCGUGGACAAUGGGAAUAUAUAUGUGACUCUUUCCAGAGAGCCUUUCAGGUGUGACUCUGACUUCUAUGCCACUGGAGACUUCAGAGUAAUCCAGAGCUCUUCCUGAUAAAAUACAUGGCAAUAAAAAAUGGUGUAAGUGUUUGAAAAUA